AUGGCACAUGCAUAUUCAAGCUUAUUUGUUAAAGUAAAGGAAGCAAAGAUCGCAGUUGUUUUGGUAUAUGUUGAUGACCUCAUCAUCACUGGCGAUGAUAAAACAGAAAUUUUCCAAACAAAGGAGAACCUGUCAGUUCGCUUUCAAAUGAAGGAACUUGGAGAAUUGAAACACUUCCUUGGAUUAGAAAUUGACCGAACUAAGGAAGGUUUAUUUCUUUGUCAACAAAAGUACGCAAGAGAUUUGUUGCAAAGGUUUGGAAUGCUCGAGUGCAAGCCCAUCUCAACACCUAUGGAAACUAAUGCCAAGUUAUGCGCGCAUGAAGGGCAUGACUUGCAAGAUGGAGCAAUGUACCGACAGCUGGUUGGUAGUCUAAUUUAUCUAACAUUGACUCGACCAGAUACCUCGUAUGCAGUUGGUGUAGCAAGUCGGUAUAUGCAGCACCCAAAGAAACCUCAUUUGGAAGCAGUGCGACGAAUGCUGAGGUAUGUCAAAGAUACCAUUAACUAUGGUCUCUUAUAUAAGAAAGAUGAUGAGGUUAAGAUAGUUGGAUACUGUGAUGCUAAUUAUGCUGGAGAUCAUGAUACCCGUCGAUCAACUACUGUGUAUGUAUUCAAGCUUGGAUCUGGAGCUAUAUCUUGGUGUAGUAAAAGGCAACCAACGGUGUCCUUGUCAACCACUGAAGCAGAAUAUAGAGCAGCAGCAAUGACAGCUCAGGAAAGUAUGUGGUUGAUGCAACUAAUGAAGGAUCUACACCAAUCUACAGACAAUGCAAUACUGCUUUAUUGUGAUAAUCAAUCUGCUAUUCGCUUAGCAGAAAAUCCAGUAUUUCAUGCAAGGACAAAGCACGUGGAAGUGCAUUAUCAUUUUUUGAGAGAAAAAGUGCUUCAAGAAGAAAUAGAGAUGCAACAAAUCAACACAGAUGAUCAAGUUGCUAACAUAUUCACCAAAGGACUAAGCACAAUCAAGUUUUCGAAAUUCAGAACUCAACUAAACCUCGUCAAACGAGAAGAAGCUUAG